GAGAGCAUCGCGACGAUUCCCUACCUUGAUGCAUUGGGCACUCAAGUCCGAGACGUACUGGGCACUUGAAUCAGGAUUGCCACUACAAGAAAGAAGACUGCGACGAGGAUGAAACUCGCCGGGUGAGCGUGAUGAAUAAGAGAAUGGGUGUCGAGCAUCUCGGACAGCUUCGCGUAAGGGAUGGUCGGCUUGCGCUUUCGCUAGGAAACCUUGGCUCGUGCCGCAAAUGCUCGGCGAUCUGUUGCAGACCGCAGCGUCAAGCAUGCCGCUCCUGUUACGCUCUGCACAGGUCUGCGCCCUAGUCAAAAGCGGCGUUGCAGGCGUCGAGGGGCGCAAUCUUCUGACUGAGGUGCGGCAAGCCCUUCAAACGGCCCUUUCUCAACCUUGUCCUCAUCAUUACGAUGUCCUUACAAGCAUGCUGGCUCUCACGGAGGUCUGGGACCUGUCCGACCUCUUUCAGUCCAGUAGAAGCAUUCUGAAGGUGGAUGCUCAAUCGACUCAGGCUAAGGUACGGCUCGUAGAGCCACGGCUGUCAAUGGCGACAACGUUCAGCAUUCCGGUCAAUGUCAACGAGAACGGUAUAGUGUACUGGUCAGUGUGCUCCGCAGCGCAUUUGACGCCCUCGACGCAGAUCGGCUACCUCUCAUCCAAGAUGAAGUCCUCGAGACGUUGCAGCAACGCUUUGGCAUGGUCAAUGCAGAACCCAGCGUGGAGCUGUGAUUUUUCGCUCUCAGCAACCUUGCCGCCAUCGUUCGCGACAUUGCCAAGGCCGCAUGUUUUGCUCGUUCCACCUCAGGUCGCUUCGACGUAUGCGUACAGCGCAGUUUGCUGCACAGGCUGGCCGAUUGGCAGGAGCUGGCACCAAGUCUCAAGCCGAGAGAUGACUAUCUACGGCUCUUGCAUCUAAGCACAUUUGCAUACCUUCCUUUGGGAGAAAGCAGCUCAUGCCCAG